CUGCAUUUACUUCGUGCUGGAUAUUUUUUGUAUAAAGAGGAAAUGGGUAGUUUCAAUGGAAACAUGGACUCUGUACUAAAGUGUCCAAUACGAACAAUCUACUUUGAGACCUCUAGUGCGUUUCCUGAAAUUAAUUCAUUCACUUAUGAGACAGCUGCUAGUUAUGAUUUACAACUGGAUAUUAUUCGCCUUGAUUUUAAGUCUGGUCUAGAGACUUUGCUUAAGGAAAAACCUACAAAAGCUAUUUUCCUGGGAACCCGAAUUGGCGAUCCAAAUGCUAUUGGUCAAGAACAGUUUUCUCCAAGUUCAACUGGAUGGCCUCCUUUUAUGAGGGUGAAUCCCAUCCUUGAUUGGUCAUACAGGGAUGUGUGGGCUUUCAUCCUAACAUGCAAGGUUCCAUAUUGCAGUCUAUACGAUAAAGGGUAUACUUCCAUUGGGAGCAUAUAUGAUACAGAGCCAAAUGCAUUGUUAUGCAUUCCUCAUCAGUCUGGCGACAAAGAAAACUUCAAACCUGCUUAUUGUCUAUCAGAUGGAAGACUUGAAAGAGCUGGGAGAGCAAAGAAGCUUGCUUCAAAGAAUGACAACAUUCCUAUCAUGAGUAAUGGUUUAAAGAAUACUAAUCCACAUCAAAGCUGCUCUUUUUCAGCGUCAAUCAUUGCUGUAGGUGAUGAGAUUCUGUUUGGCUCUGUAGAGGAAAAAAUAGGGGCGACCUUGUGCAAAAAACUUAAUGCUAUAGGCUGGCGGGUCUCUCAUAUAGCUGUUGUUGGCAAUGAUAUUGAUUUGAUAGCUGAUGAAUUGGAGCACCGGAACUGCAAAGAUGACUUGAUAUUUCUUUUUGGAGCGCUUGGGCCCUUACAUUCAGAUGUUUCAUUAGCUGGUGUGGCAAAAGCCUUUGGAGUUCGUCUGGCCCCUGAUGAAGAGUUUGAGGAGUAUCUUAGACAUAUUAUGGGAAACCACGGCACAGGCAACCGAAAUGAGAUGGCUUUAUUGCCGGAAGGUAUUACAGAAUUGCUACACCAUGACAAGUUAGUAGUGCCAUUGAUUAAAUGUUGUAACGUUAUGCUUCUUUCUGCAACAAAUACGGAUGAAUUGGAGCAGCAGUGGGAUUGCCUUCUACAACUAUGUAGCAGCCCUUUAGUGCAAAUGGGCCCCUUCAUAUCAAAGCAACUCAGCACCAAGCUUUACGAUUACAUCUUACUCCUGUUCCUGUACGUCAUGAAGGUUGAAAUUGCUGCGGUCCUUACAAAAUUAUGCCUCGAUUUCCCAGAUAUUCAUAUUGGAUGCCAUCGCCAAUCCAGAGCUGGACCUCUCAUAAUAAAUUUUGUUGGAAAGGAUCAUGAAAGAAUAGAGUUGGCUUCCCGUAUUUUGUCUCAGAAGUUCGACUUUGGAUCAUUUUCGGAACUAAGCAGUGGGUGAUUUCGGCUCUCUCUCCAUCAUUUCUCUUCUAACUUCUAUGAUUUUCUCUCAGCCUAAAACUGCAUGUGAAAAGAGAGAGAAAGAGAGGUAGAAAGAGAGGGAGAGAAUCUGAAUCGCCAAUAGCCUCUAGGCUUCUCUUUUGUGGGUUCCUACUGUGAAAUAAGCCUUCAUAUUAAAGUAGCUUCGUUAUUCAAUAAAGGUUGCGGCCAUUGGAAGGAAAGGAACAAGCGUUGAAGUUUGCUGGUCUUCUUAAUAAGUUGAAGAAUGCCUGCAAUAGGUAUUUCGUGAACCAACAACUGAUUUAGUUUAUUAGUUUAUAGGAAUUAUUUUGCAAUCAAUUCGUUGGGCAGUUUUGUCAUUUUCUUCAUUGGAAUUUCACUUCCAUAUUUUCAUUCUUAGGUUUCGUUUGGGACGACUUUCUUACUGCUUCUUAAAACAGCUUUCUAGUAUAAAAUUUUUUUACUAAAAAACUGUUUUAAGAAGCAGGAAGAAAGCCGUCUCAAAAGAAACCUUAAGCUGUGUUCAUAUUGUUCAUAAGCCUGCAGUAAUGCUGUGAAAGUACCUUUUCUUUUUAUUAUUUUCACCAAGAUAUCCAUUGAGUGGCCUACAUCGUAUUGAUCAAA